GCGCCGCCCCCGUUGCUCUCCGGCCGCGCGCCGCUGCUCUUCAUCACGCAGAACCACGAGCAGCACGCGUGCUACUGCGACCCGCUGUCGCGGCGCGAGCAGAAGGAGCUGGAGCGACGCGAGAAGCAGCGCCUCAAGCAGGAGCGCCAACUGCGCCGCGAGAAGAAGCGGCGCCGCCUGCAGCAGUGCGUGUACGAGCGCAUGAACUGCUUCAGUCACGACAACUCGCACUGGAAGACCGCGCCUUUCUGGACCGAGGGACCAUUCUGUUUCUGCAUGAAUGCAAAUAACAACACAUAUUCAUGUUUGAGGACCAUUAAUGCUACUCAUAAUUUUCUGUAUUGUGAAUUUGUCACAGGACUAAUAACCUUUUAUAAUUUACGUAUAGAUCCUUUUGAACAGUGGAAUAGAGUGCAUUCAUUGUCACCAGAAGAAUUAUCAUAUUUGCAUGACACUUUAAUUCAACUGAAAGCAUGCAAAGGAACCCGGCAAUGCACAGUGGGAAGUGCCGCUCCCACUCCAGCACAUUCACCAGAGCAACCUAUCGCCCAACUCCAGGCUCAGCGAUCAGUGCCAGACCCAUUGGCAUAUGGCCAACAUUCCAAUCGAUCCAAGAAAAAGAAAUUCGCUACUCACAGCCCUGGCGAAGGCGUAAAGCCUGGCAAAAACACUGGAGUAAGAUUCAACGGCAAAGGAGACGGCGCUUCCGGCAAUUCUACCAGAACUACCGUCAGAACUACCACCAGUGACAACACCACCAGCUCUCCGGUUUCUGAAUCCCCACCUCAGCACAGGUUUUCUGAGCCAGCAGGUCGUCGAAAGGGAGAAACGCCAAGACUUCGACAUCGAAGUCACUCCGAACUCCCUCUUGAAUCUGCAACUUGAGUGGGCUGUAAAGAAUCCUUUUCUUUCGACAUUUAUCAUUCAUCUUUUAUAACAUGUGUGAAGUAUCUCUCAUGACAACUAUGUUGACCAAAUCAAAUUCUAACAGUGUUUCUUCCGUAGCAAGUGUAAUUAGUGAAUCAUAUCUAAUGAAAGAUAUUUCCUCCCAUCUGUCUUUCACAGUAGAUUCAGCUACCACUCCCACAAAUUCCUCAAUUGUAAACUACAAUACUUUGACACUUAAUGCUACUAUGUAGCUUCUUGUUUUUGCCAUGUAUAUUUAUUGCAUGUAUUAAUGUCAUUUCAUAUAUUCAAAAUACAUGAAAUGUAAUAAUUUCAAUGAAUUUAUUUUGCUUUAAAAAUAGAGAUGAUUUGUGUGUCAGCAUAUUUAAUUUGCAUUGUUAAUAUUCACAAUGCACACAAAAUCUAGAAGCAAGAUUACCAGUGUUUUUGAUUUGAGAAUGAGUGUUUUACGUAAGCAUCUGACAGCUUACUAAAUGAUCUGCUAUGGAGAGUUCAAUUUGAGAUUAAGUCAAGAGAGGUAUUUUAGUGCAAUCAUGUGCUUGUCUUUAAGUCUUAUAUGAAUGAACCUAGCAUUUUUCAAUAUUGCAUUGUGAUAACAGACUGCAGUAGAACUGACAAAAGAACUAUUUGUUAUUGACAGAUCUGGAUAUUUCAUUUAUUGUAUGAAAUGUCUUAGGUGAGUCAUUGUUUUUGUUUAAUGAGAUCAGUACAAUAAAGUAGGUAUGGAAGUUAGAAUCGGGUGUUGUUUAGGAGAUGUGAAAAUACGGAAUGAAUGUGUGAACUAAUGUUAUCAUCAACGAAUUGAACUAAGAAUUGUUUAUUUAAUCCUGUCUAAUGUACAAUUAUGAUUUUCAUGUAUGCAUUUUCAUAAUUUAAUUUCUGUCUAGUGUGAUCCUCUCUACAUUUGAGUUUCAUGUAUAUUUGUAUAGUAUAGUGAAAAAUGUGGAGUAGGUACUAAUACAAUUCAGAUAAUUGUAAGACAACAAUUAAACAAGGAAAUCGAAUUUAAACACUUUGAUUCUACACUUGACACAAGACUCUCUAUUGGAAGAACAAAUUAUUCUAGAGCACUCAAGAGCUUUAGAAAUCUUCUAAUCUGAUAAUGGAACUUGGGAUCAGAGUUGAAUGUUAGCAUAGAAGAAAGAAGUCAAUACAUGCCGAUGUUGUAGAAUAGACUGAAAGCUUUAUGUGUAAAGUAUUAACUUAAAAGCAGACUAGAGACAUUGUAGUUAGGCAAUGUACAAUGAUGUGAAAUAGGACUGAUUGUGUGUUCACUGUUUUGAAGUAUUAUCCUUCAUUUUCUAUCUUACUGCAGUUUUGUAUAGAGACAGCCAUUUAAUUGAAGUUCAUUCAAAAUUGUGCCACUAGAAUAUUUUGAUGUUAAUUUGUGUUGUGUAAUGAACAUCAAGUCUCUCUAAAAAAUUAAAAACUUUUUUCUUUGUCUCUGUACAGACUUAUACUGCAUCAUUAAGUGUAAAGUUAGUUUUAGAAUAUGUGUAUUUCUAGCAACCAACGUGAAUAUUUUACCAAUUGCUUGAUAGAAUUUGUGUAAUCUCAGACUUCACGACAGGGUCACGUGUAAAGAGAUUUAAUUAUCACUUGGUACAAAGUGAUACAAAUAUUUUAGUUAUGUGAUCAGCAUAUGUUGUGUACAGUAGCAUUGGAUUUAAUAUUAUGUAUAGAUAGAAAUGUAAGUUAUUAUUUAUAUAUUACUGCAGAAACCAGGAUGCAUAAAAACACAAAUUGUGAUAAUUAUUUCUGUGCUCAAAUUAAGUGUCACAUUUAAUAAUAGUGUAGAGUUCAAAUGAAUGAAAUUGACACAAGUAUCAUUUUGUUCAUUUGGAACCCAUUUUCUUGCAUGACCUCUUCUAUGUCCAGUGUAUAGUGAUAUUUUUGUGUCUGUAAAUGCAAAUUUUCUUAAUUUCAGAAAGUCAAAUAAAUUUCAUACAGCAGUUUAUGCACAUCUUAUAUUUGUGUAGCUAGCAUACAAUAUCUUUCUAAAUUUAUCUUCAGAACAGUAGGUCAUUUUACCCUGUUUUUUUCUUCUGAAUUACUACAUCAAUCGGAUAUCAAUUCUUAUUCUUUUAAUGAAAUUACAUCUAUUUCAUUGAAACUAAAAGAGAAAACAUUCUCUGGUGAAACAUAAGAAAUAAACUUUUGUCCAUUCUUUUCAAAAGAAAUGCUAAAAUAAAUUUUAACUUUAUAUCCUCUUUCAAGGUAAUAUUUUUAUAAAGCAACUAAAACUAUGCAUUUUACAAAAGCUGUUUUUUGUUCUUAUUUAUUUAUUAAUCCAUUUACAAGCAUCAUAAAGUUUAGAAACUGUAUCUGCACCAAUAAUCAUAAUAGAUCAUCACAAUUAUUUCACAUACAUCAGGACUGUGUAACAGGAGUGGAAUUAGUCUAAAUUUGGGAAUUAGGUCCAUUUCCUGUUGAUUAAUCAAUCAAAGGUCUUUUUGAAGGAGCUUAAUGAGGGGGCCACAUUUAGUGUGGAACAUAAUAGUGUGGAUCAUUCAAUUAUUUAUUUGUAAUGUUUAUUAUUAUUAUUAUCAUCCAUUUUCAAUUUUCUUUGCCUCUUGGCCUCUUCCUCACUACUGACAUGAACUGUUUAUGAGAGGGAAGCUAUGGAACACACAACUCUGCCUCUCCUACAUUUGAGGUACCUGUUGGAGACCAAACCCAUCUAAAGUGAUCCAGUUUUUCCAGUCAUCAACAGGCUUGACCAAGAAGUGAUGCUUUUACAUUUAUGGCUUCUGAUGUUGUUUAAAUGAAUUUAUAGUAAUUCUAUCUAAUUUGGAGGGUAUUCAUAAUGCUUCACAUUCUUCAGUGUUUUUCAAUCGAUUGUGCCUGUCUGUAUGAUGCAAUUACAAACAUUUGUCUUCUUUUAUGAAAUCACAUCAUUUUAUGAAAAUUGUAAUUUUUUAAGACCAACUCCACAAAUCUGAAGGAAAAGAGAAAGUGCUUUACUGUGGGGGCCAAAGAGUAAUGAACUUUUAGUGUUUGAUCAAAAUCUCAUUUUAAACAUGAUCCAGGGUUAAAAUCAAUUAACUUUAUGAGAAGAAUAUAUCUUCCAAUACACUUUGUUUCAAUUGUUGAAGUUUCUUUAAUAAUUACUGAAUGACAAAUGUACAAUAUAAUAUAAUAUUUCAUCCAAUCCAUUUUGCAUGUUAAAUUAUGACAGCAUUUGAUCCUUUUACUUACAAGAUAGUUAAAAUGUACAAUUCUGAAUUAGUCAAAAAUUGAAAUACUUUUUUUCUCCUACAUAAUACUAAAUGAAUUAGUAUUUCAAGAGAAGAGAUGUGGUAAAUGUGACUUCGGAAAAAAAAGAAGUAGUUGAGAUGUUAAAAUAAACAUUAAUUAAAUGUCAAUUUGCACAUAAAUGCAAUGUUUCCUCAGUGUCUUCAGAAUAAGAAACAUGGUAAAAUCUUGGGAAUAUGAAUCACCUAAGUCUGUGUCAUAAUGUAAGAUAAAUAAGAAUAUAUAAUUUUGAUGCAAAAAAAAAUUGCAAACUUCGUUAAUGAGCAGAAAGUAUAAUUUUUUUUUUUUUUAAAUAUGAUGAAUAGUGCUGAAAUUCAAAUUAUUAUGAGAACUCUAUACCAGAACUGUUCUCAGGUGUCUUCAUCAAUUCGGUUCUAAGACAGUCACCCACUACAGGAAGUGAAAUAUUCAUCAGCAUUGAGGAAGAAGUGUUUGAUCUUUUCAUUUAUUUAUUAUCAAAAACAGUAAAAUCUGCAUGUUACACACAGAAAAGAAGUAUGUGUGUAUUCCUUCCUUUCUCUUUUGCUCUACUUGGUUGAAUAAAGGUACACAUUCAACUUAUUCUUCUCACCAAGAUGUCACUUAAAGUUUUUUUUCUGCUUUAUUAAUAAAAAUAAAUCAAGCUGAUCCGGUGGCCGAGAUCGCUAAGGCAGUAGUGCCGUAGCGAUCUCGUACCGAAAGAUUGCGGGUUUGAGUUCCGCCUCGG